CGACCUUAAUUGCGAACUCUUCUGUUAUGGAGUCUUAUAUGGUAUAAAUGAAUGAUCUCCCUUGACUUGAGCGGCGUCAUUGGCAACGAAGUAUACCCGUAGCGCGUAAAUUUGAAACAAACGGGAACAACUUAAAGUUGCAAAGAUGUCUCAGAAACCCCAAAUCAAUUUCUAUGAGAAUUUCCUGCUAAGCGGGAUUGCUGCCGGCAUUUCCAAAACUGCAGCAGCCCCAAUAGAACGAGUAAAGCUGCUAGUUCAGAACCAGGGCGAAAUGUUAAAAAGUGGCCGCCUUGACAAACCCUAUGCGGGUGUGAUUGAUUGCACGAUGAGAACCUACAAGGAAGAAGGCAUUCGGCAUUUCUGGAGAGGAAACCUUGCAAAUGUGAUCAGGUACUUCCCUACUCAGGCUCUGAAUUUUGCCUUCAAAGACCAAGUGAAGGCUAUGUUUAAAAAAAACAAAGAUGAGUCCUAUGCUGUCAAAUUUGGAAAAAAUAUUGCUUCUGGGGGAGUUGCAGGCACCUUAUCCCUGUUUUUUGUGUACUCCCUGGACUAUGCUCGGACACGCCUUGCAAAUGACAACAAAUCUGCCAAGACUGGUGGAGAGCGUCAAUUCAAUGGCUUGAUUGAUGUUUACAAGAAGACCAUUGCCACUGAUGGUGUUCAGGGCCUGUACCGUGGCUUUGUCAGCAGUGCUGUCGGCAUCUUCCUGUACCGCGGUGCCUACUUUGGCCUGUUUGAUACGUUGAAGCCCAUCCUACUGGGCGAAAGUGCCAACUUCUUUGGAGCCUUUGCAUUGGGCUAUGGCGUAACUGUUGCCUCUGGAAUUCUGUCCUACCCUGUGGACACUGUCCGCCGCCGCAUGAUGAUGACCUCUGGUGAGGCUGUAAAGUACAAGGGAUCCAUUGACUGUGCCAUUCAGGUGAUCAAGCAUGAAGGUGUUGCUGCUCUCUUCAAAGGUGCUGGUGCUAACAUCUUGAGAGGCGUGGCUGGGGCUGGUGUUUUGUCCGGCGCCGACAAACUCAAGGAGUUAUAUGUGCGAGCUCGACUUGGAACCAAAGAGGUACUAACAAUAAUAACAUACUUAUUUAGAGGAGUUUUAAAAAGACAAGUUACUAGUCAGUUUAAGGAGAUCACAGUAAAAAAAGAAUCAUUUGACACGAGUGGCAAAAUCAUUUGUCAGAGAUUUUUUAAUUACUUAUUGAUUUCAUUGUAUAGCUAUUCAUACAACAGGCAACAUAAUGAUAUUAAGGAAUAAAGUAACUCAAAGUAGCCUACUCUACUGCUAAUAUGAUGCUCAGUUCCUAUUUCAACUGUCCUUGCAAUCAGUUCCAUCCCUUACUAAAGCUGUUCCAAUGACGUUAUGAAUGUGUACUAAGGAUUUGCUAUUUUAAAGGCAUGUGAUAACAAAUAUGACGUUGUUUUUUUUAAUUUUACAAUAUAGAAACAAUGAAAAUGACUGUGCUAGUUCUGUCUAAAAAGCAAUUCAUGUCUUUGAUUGGCGGUACUUAAGACUCUGUCACCGCAGUCUGAAAAGGGAAAAAUAUGAAUAAUGAGACUUUGUCAUCCAUUGGUUACAAAAUAAACCUGGCUGUUUUUAUUGCUGUUGUUUUAACUAUCAAAAUACAGGUUAACAGAAGCAAUGUUUUAUACUUGUUACCAGUAGUGAUUAGUUUUGGACAUUGACAAGGCAAAAGGCAGUUUUGAUUUUAAUAAUUAUGUGUUUCAACAGGGGUAAAACUUGAUUUUUAUGUUACUAAGAUUUUAUGAUUUGCUUUUUAUUUACACGGUUGUACAUUUAUUCAUUUAUUGUACAUAUGUGGCCACCAGCCCAAAUACAAUAUGCAAUCUAAAUACAUAGCAGCAUUUAUGUGCACCUGACAAGAGUCACAAUACAAUCAUAUUUCUUAACAAUUAGGCCUUAAUUUAUAUAACAUAUUCUUGUACUGACAUUUACGUUUUCAUACACAAAAUACAAUUUGCACUGUUCCAAUGACGUUAUGAAUGUGUACUUAGUAUUUGCUAUUUUAAAGGCAUGUGAUAACAAAUAUGACGUUUUUUUUUUUAAUUAUCAUUGCUGUCAUAGUUAAUCAGACUCAUCCAUAAGAUUCGCUUAUAAACUUAACAAAAGUCACCUACCCGCAAAAAUUUCUGAACUGUGACAGACCAUAUGUCAAAUUAAUUGAAGUUUAAACAAAAAGAAAUGCUCGUCAUUUUGCCUUAAUCUAGACUACCUAUUCGAAACGAAAUAGUAGGCAGUCUCAAGGCACAAGCAAUAAUGUAACUAUCAAAAGGAACAUUACAAACAUCAUGUUUGAUUUAUAUACCUUAUGCUAUCGAAAAAAGGUCAACAAAUGUAAACAAUCCGCUAUUGUACUAGUCAUAUACAAUGAAAAUAUAGACAUAAACUUUACAGAAAAUAUUAAUCGUCAUAUAUAGGCAUAAACUGACGCCUCUCUUCUAAUGCAUAAUAUAUAAACAUAGCAAAAUUUUGAAUGGUUGUUACAUUCCUUGUUGACAUAAGUCUAUUAAAUACCUCUUGACUAACAUCAUUUAAGUAAUGGAACGGAAAAUACUUUCUUCUUAAUUCUGCAUAUAAUGGACACACCAUAACAACAUGACACUCAUCCUCAACAAGUUCUAUGUUAACGUUCCAAGUUAAAAUAUCUACCUUUCUCAACCAUAAGGUUAUGUGAGCAUUGCCUAAAGUUUGCGAGGCAUUUCCUGAAUUUAUGUAUAUCAAUAGCAUGUUCAGUACCAAAUUCACCUUUGUAAUUGAUGCAAUGAUACAAUUUACUAUUUUCAACACACUGUGCUCUCCAAUUUACAAUUCUUUGAUUUUUCAGCUCUCUAACAGAACAAUCUAAAAACAGCUUCUCAUUUACAACUCAUUUACAACUGCCUGUGCUUCCCAUACAUAACUAAAGCCAUUGGAAUACAAUGAGUUUCUAACAUCAGUUACCCAGUUACAAUAACCUAAACUAGCAUAAUACUCAAUUGGUAAAUUUGCAUAAGACCAUCACUCAUUUCUAGAAGGACGUCCACCUCUCUUAAAACACAAUAUCUUUGAUUUCUCAAUAUUAACACUCAACUUAUUGUUACAAAAAAACGUUUGCAGGACAUCCAGUUGUAGACCAAUGAUUGUAUCAUUGAAAACUUGAUUAAAAUGUUUUUCCGAUUAUGUUUCAGACUUGUGAUUACUUUUAAUGAUAUACUGUGACAUGUUUAUUGUAACUUAUUAUAUGACAUUGAAAUAUGUAUUUGGGGCAUAUUGCCCAUGUUAUGGUGAAAUGCCUUUGGUGCUAUUUUGUAGAAGGUUGGUAAGCUUGGUAAGUCACAUUCAAUUUUAAAUUAUCAAAUUAGUUAAGUAUUUAGUUUUAACAUACUUUGUUUAGCUCUACUGCAUUACAAAUCUAUUGAGAUACUCUACUGGGUAUUUUUCUUGGGCAGAACCAAUACUUAGUUUUCUUUGAGAUGUUUGUGAGAGUGCUCUCGAGUGAGGAUAAAAACCAGUACAUUCUUAUCGCUAAACGGAUACCACAUCCCUUUCACAACAAAAGUUUCAUAUUUUGUGCACUGUUGUUAUAUUAAAGUAGAGAAAUGAAUGUAAUUUAGUAUGAAAUUAUUACUGAUAUGUGUGUUGAUGAACUGAGAGCUUGGUAGUUACUGGGGUAUUAAUAAUUGUUAUGCUUACUUCUAAUGACAAUCAUCUUAUUUACUUCAAAGGGGGCAUAGUAACUUUUUUUGUUAAAGUUCAUGUAUUGAUGCACAUAUUAAACAUUAUUCAUUUCCCAUGUUAUAUCAUUAUAUAUAUGUAUAUAGCAACAAUAAUAGAUUUUGUUGUUGAUAUUAAAUAUGGAACAAUACUUUUCAUUUAUGAUUAGAAUUGAAUUCAAUCUAGUGCAUACAAAAGUUUUUCACUACAGAAAUAAUUUACAACACUAUUGUAACUAUACAUACUGAGAAUAGCAGUGCUUCCUUAUAAUUUCAGGUACUUGUAAAAUGAUUAUAUUUCUACAACUGAUUUUCUUGAUAAUUUUUACCGGAAUUAUAACAAAAUAAUCAUUCAGCCAAGCAUUUAUCAAAAUGAAUCCAUCACUAUGCUCCUUUAAGUGAAUGUCUGAAUGUCAACAAGCCCAAAUGACAUUUUAGUACACUUACGGUAAAUAGUUUAUUAGAUUGGUGUAUGUUGUUGGGCCUAGCAUCCCUUUAAAAGAUGAAACUUUGUGGGAUCAUUUUGAGUAUGAACAUAGCUCUAAUGAAAAUAAAAAUAAGUAUCAAACCUUGCAUUUUGAUGUCACAAAAGGCUAUUAGUAAUAUGUCUGAAGAAACUGCUGUUUCUACUCAAUACUUAGUUUUAGAUAAAUGAGUUUCUGGUUGUGCAAUGCUAAGUUUCUUGUCUAACCUGUGUUAAAAUGUGCUUUUGAUUCACCUGCAAUUUAAUACACAUUAACCGUCAGGAAAUGUGCUUUUAUAUAAUUAUAUGUAAUUUUGUUUAAUGAUUUUUUUCAGGUGACAUCCUCGUCGGAUUCAUCAAUGUAAAACUGUUUGGCUUUGUUCAUUUUUUUUUAAUUCUUUGAAUUUCCCAGAAAUUUUGCUUGUAUCUUAUCUUAAUUUCAUGGCUUUUUUUAAGUUUAACAAAAAUUUGAUAUGAAUUUGGAAUUUAUUAAAAAACAUUAAAUGUAAACUAAAAAUAUAUAUUGCACAAAUUGGAAAAAAAAUCACGCAAAUAUCAAAACCCAAAAAUGUUUUAUCAUCUUCAUCUAUGUUUGUUAAUGUUCAUCUUUGUUGCAUGUUUUCUUAUCAUCCUCAUUUGUUUCAUGUUUGUAAUUAUAUUGAAAUAUUUUGUUUGAUUAUCCUCAUCUUAGAUUCAUUAUUUUCAUCAUCCUCAUUUUUGUUUCAUGUUUGUAAUUUUUGUUUGAGUUACCUGCAUAUAAACCGAUAUAAACUGCAAAAAAAAUAACAAAAAAAAAUGCCAAAAAAAUUUAUAUAACGAAAUUAAAAAAAAAAAGUUUUUGCUUGUUAUCAUUUUUCAUAAUGUUUUUUAUUUCAUAUUUUGUUUCAUCAUCCACAUCUUUAUAUCAUGUUUUUCAUCAUCCUCAUUUUUGUUUCAUGUUUGUAAUUUUUGUUUGAGUUACCUGCAUAUAAACUGCAAAAAAAUAUAAAAACAUAAAUGCAAAAAAAAUAUUUAUAACGAAAAAAAAAAGAAAAAGUUUUUGCUUGUUAUCACUUUUAUUAUGUUUUUAGUUCAUAUUUUGUAUCAUCAUCCACAUCUUUAUUUCAUGUUUUUCAUCAUCCUCAUUUUUUGUUUCAUGUUUGUAAUUUUUGUUUGAGUUACCUGCAUAUAGACUGUUAUAAACUGCAAAAAAAUAUAAAAACAUAAAUGCCAAAAAAAUAUAUAUAACGAAAUUUAAAAAAAGUUGUUGCUUGUUAUCAUUUUUAUUAUGUUUUUUAUUUCAUUGUUUGUUUCAUCAUCCUCAUCUUUAUUUCAUGUUUUUCAUCAUCCUCAUUUUUGUUUCAUGUUUGUAAUUUUUGUUUGAGUUAUCUACCUGCAUAUAAACCGAUAUAAACUGCAAAAAAAUAAAAUAAAUAAAUGCCAAAAAAAUAUAAAUAACGAAAUUAAAAAAAGAGUUUUUGCUUGUUAUCAUUUUUCAUAAUGUUUUUUUUUCAUUUUUUGUUUCAUCACCCACAUCUUUAUUUCAUGUUUUUCAUCAUCCUCAUUUUUGUUUCAUGUUUGUAAUUUUUGUUUGAGUUACCUGCAUAUAAACUGAUCUAAACUGCAAAAAAAAACAACAACAUAAAUGCCAAAAAAAAUAUAUAUAACGAAAUUAAAAAAAAGUGUUUGCUUGUUAUCAUUUUUUUUUAUGUUUCUUAUUUCAUAUUUUGUUUCAUCAUCCACAUCUUUAUUUCAUGUUUUACAUCAUCCUCAUUUUUGUUUCAUGUUUGUAAUUUUUGUUUGAGUUAUCUACCUGCAUAUAAACUGAUAUAAUCUGGAAAAAAAUAUUAAAAAAAUAAAUGCCAAAAAGUAUAUAUAACAAAAUAUAAAAAAAGUGUUUGCUUGUUAUCAUUUUAAUUAUGUUUUUAUUUCAUAUUUUGUUUCAUCAUCCACAUCUUUAUUUCAUGUUUUUCAUCAUCCUCAUUUUUGUUUCAUGUUUGUAAUUUUUAUUUGAUGCAUAUAAACUGAUAUAAACUGCAAAAAAAUAUAAAAACAUAAAUGCCAAAAAAAUAUAUAUAACAAAAUUAAAAAAAAUGUGUUGCUUGUUAUAAUUUUUAUUAUGUUUUUUAUUUCAUAUUUUGUUUCAUCACCCACAUCUUUAUUUCAUGUUUUUCAUCAUCCUCAUUUUUGUUUCAUGUUUGUAAUUUUUGUUUGAGUUAUCUACCUGCAUAUAAACUGCAAAAAAUACAAAAAAAUAAAUGCCAAAAAUAUAUAUAUAACGAAAUUAAAAAAAAAAGUUUUUGCUUGUUAUCAUUUUUAUUUUGUUUUAUUUCAUAUUUUGUUUCAUCAUCCACAUCUUUUUUCAUGUUUUUCAUCAUCCUCAUUUUUGUUUCAUGUUUGUAAUUUUUGUUUGAGUUAUCUACCUGCAUAUAAACUGCAAAAAAAUACAAAAAAAAAUAAAUGCCAAAAAAUAUAUAUAUAACGAAAUUAAAAAAAAAGUUUUUGCUUGUUAUCAUUUUUAUUAUGUUUUUAUUUCAUAUUUUGUUUCAUCAUCCACAUCUUUAUUUCAUGUUUUUCAUCAUCCUCAUUUUUGUUUCAUGUUUGUAAUUUUUGUUUGAGUUAUCUACCUGCAUAUAAACUGAUAUAAACUGCAAAAAAAUGCCAAAAAAAUAUAUACAACGAAAUAGAAAAAAAGUUUUUGCUUGUUAUCAUUUUUUAUUAUGUUUUUUAUUUCAUAUUUUGUUUCAUCAUCCACAUCUUUAUUUCAUGUUUUUAUCAUACUCAUUUUUGUAUCAUGAUUGUAAUUUUUGUGUGAGUUAUCUGCAUAUUAAGUGAUAUAAACUGCAAAAUAUCUAUAUAAAAAAAUACAAAAAAUAUAUAUAUAGAAAUUAAAAAGAAGUUUUUUGCUUGUUACCAUUUUUUAUUAUUUAUUUUUCUUUUUGAUUUUUUUUUCAUCAUCCUCAUGUUUGUUUCAUGUUUUUUAUCAUCCUCAUUUUUGUAUCAUGUUUGUAAUUUUAUGUUUGUAUAUAAACUUCAAAAAUCCACAUAAAAGAAAACAAAUAAAUAAUAAACAUAAUAUCAAAUGCCAAAAAAAAUGAUAAAAUAAAACUCGGUAAAAAAUCGUUAAAAUAUGAAUGCCAAAAAUAUUUGUGUUUUGCUUGCUUUUAUAUUUUGUUUUUGUUUUUUUAAAUUGUUUCGUUUGUUCAUGUUUUUAAGUUCUUUAUCCGUCGUGUUUAUAAUUUGUUUAUUAAUUAUUAGAUUUGCUUUAUGUUUUUUUUUAAACAAACAUCUUUGUUUUAUGUUCGUUUUUAUCAUUCUCAUCUUUUCUUUGUGUAUCAUCUUCAUCUUUGCUUCAUGUUUGUUUCAUCAUCCUCAUCUAUGCUUCUUUUUGUUUCAUCAUUCCCAUCUUUGCUUCAUGUUUGCUUCGUCAUCAUCAUUUUUCGUUUCAUUAUCUUGAUCUCUGUAUCAUGUUUUGUUUAAUCAUCUUCAUUUUUGGGUUUAAAUAUUGCUAGUUGUGAAUAAUGUUUUCUAUCAUUUUAUUUUAAAUAAAUGUAUUUAUUUCAAGACCAAUUACUAUAUACAGGGGUAUCUGGGAAAUAUCAAAGCCUAUUAUUAGAAUUUGCAUGAAUUUUGUGACGCAAUAAACAAUGAAAAUGACA